AUGUGCAACUCUGGGGGCACAUGCACCAGCUUCCUCAUCAGCUACUGGUCCACUGCUGUUAAUGGAUAUAUCCUGACCAAAAGAGGGAGGAGGGGGAGGGAGGCGGAAGGGCAGAGGGAGGAGGGGGAGGGAGGACAGAGGGAGGUGGGAGGGCAGAGGAAGGAGGGAGGACAGAGGGAGGAGGGAGGACAGAGGGAGGAGGGAGGACAGAGGGAGGCGGGAGGGCAGAGGGAGGAGGGGGAGGGAGGACAGAGGGAGGCAGGAGGGCAGAGGGAGGAGGGAGGACAGAGGGAGGAGGGAGGACAGAGGGAGGAGGGAGGACAGAGGGAGGCGGGAGGGCAGAGGGAGGCAGGAGGGCAGAGGGAGGAGGGAGGACAGAGGGAGGCAGGAGGGCAGAGGGAGGAGGGAGGACAGAGGGAGGCAGGAGGCAGAGGGAGGAGGGAGGACAGAGGGAGGCAGGAGGGCAGAGGGAGGAGGGAGGACAGAGGGAGGCAGGAGGGCAGAGGGAGGAGGGAGCACAGAGGGAGGGAGGAGGGAGCACAGAGGGAGGGAGGAGGGCAGAGGGAGGAGGGAGCACAGAGGGAGACAGGAGGGCAGAGGGAGGAGGGAGCACAGAGGGAGGCAGGAGGGCAGAGGGAGGAGGGAGCACAGAGGGAGGCAGGAGGGCAAGGGAGGAGGGAGCACAGAGGGAGGCCGGAGGACAGAGGGAGGAGGGAGGCAGGAGGACAGAGGGAGGAGGGAGGACAGAGGGAGGAGGGAGGACAGAGGGAGGAGGGAGGACAGAGGGAGGAGGGAGGCAGUAGGACAGAGGGAGGAGGGAGGCAGGAGGACAGAGGGAGGAGGGAGGACAGAGGGAGGAGGGAGGACAGAGGGAGGAGGGAGGACAGAGGGAGGAGGGAGGGCAGAGGAGAAGCAGGGAGAGGAGCAGAGGAUGGAGAGGAGCAGAGGAGGGAGAGGAGCAGAGGAGAGAGAGGAGCAGAGGAGGGAGAGGAGCAGAGGAGGGAGAGGAACAGAGGAGGAGAGGAGGGGGACGAGGAGGAUGAGGUGGACAGAGACGAGGGGGCAGUAGGAGGAGGCGGACAGAGGGAGGAGGGAGUCGGACAGAGGGAGAAAGGGGCCGGAGGAGGAGUCGGACAGAGGGAGAAGGGGGCCGGAGGAGGAGUCGGACAGAGGGAGAAGGGGGCCGGAGGAGGAGUCGGACAGAGGGAGAAGGGGGCCGGAGGAGGAGUCGGACAGAGGGAGAAGGGGCCGGAGGAGGAGUCGGACAGAGGGAGAAGGGGCCGGAGGAGGAGUCGGACAGAGGGAGAAGGGAGCCGGAGGAGGAGUCGGACAGAGGGAGAAGGGGGCCGGAGGAGGAGUCGGACAGAGGGAGAAGGGGGCCGGAGGAGGAGUCGGACAGAGGGAGAAGGGGGCCGGAGGAGGAGUCGGACAGAGGGAGAAGGGGCCGGAGGAGGAGUCGGACAGAGGGAGAAGGGGGCCGGAGGAGGAGUCGGGCAGAGGGAGAAGGGGGCCAGAGGAGGAGUCGGACAGAGGGAGAAGGGGGCCGGAGGAGGAGUCGGACAGAGGGAGAAGGGGCCGGAGGAGGAGUCGGACAGAGAGGAGGGGGCAGUAGGAGGAGGCGGACAGAGGGAGGAGGGAGUCGGACAGAGGGAGAAGGGGGCCGGAGAAGGAGUCGGACAGAGGGAGAAGGGGGCCGGAGGAGGAGUCGGACAGAGGGAGAAGGGGGCCGGAGGGGGAGUCGGACAGAGGGAGAAGGGGGCCGGAGGAGGAGUCGGACAGAGGGAGAAGGGGGCCGGAGGAGGAGUCGGACAGAGGGAGAAGGGGGCCGGAGGAGGAGUCGGACAGAGGGAGAAGGGGGCCGGAGAGGAGUCGGACAGAGGGAGAAGGGGGCCGGAGGAGGACUCGGACAGAGGGAGAAGGGGCCGGAGGAGGAGUCGCACAGAGGGAGAAGGGGCCGGUGGAGGAGUCGGACAGAGGGAGAAGGGGCCGGAGAAGGAGUCGGACAGAGCGCGAAGGGCCGGAGGAGGAGUGGGACAGAGUGAGAAGGGGCCGGAGGAGGAGUCGGACAGAGGGAGAAGGGGCCGGAGGAGGAGUCGGACAGAGGGCGAAGGGGCCGGAGGAGGAGUCGGACAGAGGGAGAAGGGGGCAGGAGGAGGAGCUGUACAGAGGGAGAAGGGGGCAGGAGGAGGAGCUGGACAGAAGGAGAAGGGGGCAGGAGGAGGAGCUAGACAGAGGGAGAAGGGGGCAGGAGGGGAAGGGUGGAGGGGGCAGGAGGUGGAGGCAGAGAUAGGGUGGAGUGGACUGGAGGUGGAGGCGGAGAUAGGGAGGAGGGGGCAGGAGGAUGAGGCAGACAGAGGGAGGAGGGGGCAGGAGGAUGAGGCGGACAGAGGGAGAAGGAGGCAGGAGGAGGAGGCGGACAGAGGGAGAAGGGGGCAGGAGAAGGAGGCGGACAGAGUGAGAUGGGGGCAGGAGGAGGAGGCGGACAGAGUGAGACAGGGGCAGGAGGAGGAGGCGGACAGAGGGAGACGGGGGCAGGAGGAGGAGGCGGAGAGAGGGAGACGGGGGCAGGAGGAGGAGGCGGACAGCGGGAGACAGGGGCAGGAGGAGGAGGCGGACAGAGGGAGACAGGGGCAGGAGGAGGAUGCGGACAGAGGGAGACAGGGGCAGGAGGAGGAGGCUGACAGCGGGAGACAGGGGCAGGAGGAGGAGGCGGACAGCGGGAGACAGGGGCAGGAGGAGGAGGCGGACAGAGGGAGACAGGGGCAGGAGGAGGAGGCGGACAGAGGGAGACAGGGGCAGGAGGAGGAGGCUGGCAGGGGAGAAAGGGGCAGGAGGAGGAGGCGGACAGGGGAGAAGGGGGCAGUAGGAGGAGGCGGACAGGGGAUAAGGGGGCAGGAGGAGGAGGCGGAUAGGGGAGAAGGGGGCAGGAGGAGGAGGUGGACAGAGGGAGAAGGGGCAGGAGGAGGUGGUGGUUGUUGGGAUGUUUACGGGGGACGAAACAGCAAAGGUCAUCAGUCGCCCAAUUCCAAAAACAGGCGAGCCGAAAAUUUGCGGAGCAGAGAGAAAAGGGGUCAGGAGGAGGAGGAGGAGGAGGAGGAGGACAGAGCGAGGAGGGGUCAGGAGGAGGAGGAGGAGGAGGAGGAGGAGGUGGACAGAGUGAGGAGGGGUCAGGAGGAGGAGGAGGAGAAGGAGGAGGAGGAGGAGGAGGAGGAGGUGGACAGAGCGAGGAGGGGUCAGGAGGAUGAGGAGGAGGAGGAGGUGGACAGAGCAAGGAGGGGUCAGGAGGAGGAGGAGGAGGAGGAGGAGGAGGAGGAGGAGGAGGAGGAGGAGGAGGAGGAGGAGGAGGAGGAGGAGGUGGACAGGGCGAGGAGGGGUCAGGAGGAGGAGGAGGAGGAGCAGGAGGAGGAGGAGGAGGAGGAGGAGGUGGACAGAGCGAGGAGGGGUCAGGAGGAGGAGGAGGAGGAGGAGGAGGAGGAGGAGGAGGAGGAGGUGGACAGAGCGAGGAGGGGUCAGGAGGAGGAGGAGGAGGAGGAGGAGGCGGACAGAGUGGAGAAGGGGCAGGACGAGGAGGCGGACAGAGUGGAGAAGGGGCAGGAGGAGGAGGCGGACAGAGUGGAGAAGGGGCAGGAGGAGGAGGCGGACAGAGUGGUGAAGGGGCAGGAGGAGGAGGCGGACAGAGGGGACAGGAAGAGGAUGUGGGCACGGGGAGGAGGGGGCAGGGGGAGGAGGGGGCAGGGGGAGGAGGGGGCAGGGGGAGGAGGGGGCAGGGGGAGGAGGGGGCAGGGGCUGAGGAGGGGGCAGGGGGAGGAGGUGGACAGAGGGAGGAGGGGGCAGGAGGAGGAGGUGGACAGAGGGAGGAGGGGGCAGGAGGAGGAGGUGGACAGAGGGAGGAGGGGACAGGAGGAGGAGGUGGACAGAGGGAGGAGGGGGCAGGAUUUGGAGGUGGACAGAGGGAGGAGGGGGCAGGAGGAGGAGGUGGUGGACAGAGGGAGGAGUGGGCAGGAGGAGGAGGUGGACAGAGGGAGGAGGGGGCAGGAGGAGGAGGUGGACAGAGGGAGGAGGUGGACAGAGGGAGGAGGUGGACAGAGGGAGGAGGUGGACAGAGGGAGGAGGUGGACAGAGGGAGGAGGUGGACAGAGGGAGGAGGGGGCAGGAGGAGGAGGUGGACAGAGGGAGGAGGGGGCAGGAGGAGGAGGUGGACAGAGGGAGGAAGCGUUGGACAAAGGGAGGAGAGGGCAGGAGGAGGAGGUUGACGGAGAAGUGGGCAGGAGGAGGAGGUGGACAGAGGGAGGAGGUGAACAGAGGGAGGAGGGGGCAGGAGGAGGAGGGGGCAGGAGGAGGAGGGGGCAUGAGGAGGAGGGGGCAGGAGGAGGAGGGGGCAGGAGGAGGAGGGGACAGGUGGAGGAGGGGGCAGGAGGAGGAGGGGGCAGGAGGAGGAGAGGGCAGGAGGAGAAGGGGGCAGGAGGAGGAGGUGGACAGAGGGAGGAGGUGGACAGUGGGAGAAGGGGGCAGGAGGAGGAGGUGGACAGAGGGAGAAGGGAGCAAGAGGAGGAGGUGGACAGAAGGAGAAGGGAGCAAGAGGAGGAGGUGGACAGAGGGAGAAGGGAGCAAGAGGAGGAGGUGGACAGAGGGAGGAGGUGGACAGAGGGAGGAGGUGGACUGAGGGAGGAGGUGGACACAGGGAGGAGGUGGACAGAGGGAGGAGGUGGACAGAGGGAGGAGGGGGCAGGAGGAGGAGGUGGACAGAGGGAGGAGGGGGCAGGAGGAGGAGGUGGACAGAGGGAGGAAGAGUUGGACAAAGGGAGGAGAGGGCAAGAGGAGGAGGUUGACGGAGAAGUGGGCAGGAGGAGGAGGUGGACAGAGGGAGGAGGGGGCAGGAGGAGGAGGGGGCAGGAGGAGGAGGAGGAGGAGGAGGAGGAGGAGGAGGAGGAGGAGGUGGACAGAGCGAGGAGGGGUCAGGAGGAGGAGGAGGAGGAGGAGGAGGCGGACAGAGUGGAGAAGGGGCAGGACGAGGAGGCGGACAGAGUGGAGAAGGGGCAGGAGGAGGAGGCGGACAGAGUGGAGAAGGGGCAGGAGGAGGAGGCGGACAGAGUGGUGAAGGGGCAGGAGGAGGAGGCGGACAGAGGGGACAGGAAGAGGAUGUGGGCACGGGGAGGAGGGGGCAGGGGGAGGAGGGGGCAGGGGGAGGAGGGGGCAGGGGGAGGAGGGGGCAGGGGGAGGAGGGGGCAGGGGCUGAGGAGGGGGCAGGGGGAGGAGGUGGACAGAGGGAGGAGGGGGCAGGAGGAGGAGGUGGACAGAGGGAGGAGGGGGCAGGAGGAGGAGGUGGACAGAGGGAGGAGGGGGCAGGAGGAGGAGGUGGACAGAGGGAGGAGGGGGCAGGAUUUGGAGGUGGACAGAGGGAGGAGGGGGCAGGAGGAGGAGGUGGUGGACAGAGGGAGGAGUGGGCAGGAGGAGGAGGUGGACAGAGGGAGGAGGGGGCAGGGGGAGGAGGGGGCAGGGGCUGAGGAGGGGGCAGGGGGAGGAGGUGGACAGAGGGAGGAGGGGGCAGGAGGAGGAGGUGGACAGAGGGAGGAGGGGGCAGGAGGAGGAGGUGGACAGAGGGAGGAGGGGGCAGGAUUAGGAGGUGGACAGAGGGAGGAGGGGGCAGGAGGAGGAGGUGGUGGACAGAGGGAGGAGGUGGACAGAGGGAGGAGGGGACAGGAGGAGGAGUUGGACAGAGGGAGGAGAAGUUGGACAAAGGGAGGAGAGGGCAGGAGGAGGAGGUUGACGGAGAAGUGGGCAGGAGGAGGAGGUGGACAGAGGGAGGAGGUGAACAGAGGGAGGAGGGGGAAGGAGGAGGAGGUGGACAGAGGGAGGAGGUGGACAGAGGGAGGAGGGGGCAGUUGGAGGAGGUGGACAGAGGGAGGAGGGGGCAGGAGGAGGAGGUGGACAGAGGGAGGAGGGGGCAGGAGGACGAGGUGGACAGAGGGAGGAGGGGGCAGGAGGAGGAGGUGGGCAGAGGGAGGAGGAGGUGGACAGAGGGAGGAGAAGUUGGACAAAGGGAGGAGAGGGCAGGAGGAGGAGGUUGACGGAGAAGUGGGCAGGAGGAGGAGGUGGACAGAGGGAGGAGGUGAACAGAGGGAGGAGGGGGAAGGAGGAGGAGGUGGACAGAGGGAGGAGGGGGCAGGAGGACGAGGUGGACAGAGGGAGGAGGGGGCAGGAGGAGGAGGUGGGCAGAGGGAGGAGGAGGUGGACAGAGCGAGGAGGAGUUGGACAAAGGGAGGAGAGGGCAGGAGGAGGAGGUUGACGGAGAAGUGGGCAGGAGGAGGAGGUGGACAGAGGGAGGAGGGGCAGGAGGAGGAGGUGGACAGAGGGAGGAGGUGGACAGAGGGAGGAGGUGGACAGAGGGAGGAGGUGGACAGAGGGAGGAGGUGGACAGAGGGAGGAGGUGGACAGAGGGAGGAGGUGGACAGAGGGAGGAGGGGGCAGGAGGAGGAGGUGGACAGAGGGAGGAGGGGGCAGGAGGAGGAGGUGGACAGAGGGAGGAAGCGUUGGACAAAGGGAGGAGAGGGCAGGAGGAGGAGGUUGACGGAGAAGUGGGCAGGAGGAGGAGGUGGACAGAGGGAGGAGGUGAACAGAGGGAGGAGGGGGCAGGAGGAGGAGGGGGCAGGAGGAGGAGGGGGCAUGAGGAGGAGGGGGCAGGAGGAGGAGGGGGCAGGAGGAGGAGGGGACAGGUGGAGGAGGGGGCAGGAGGAGGAGGGGGCAGGAGGAGGAGAGGGAGGAGGAGGUGGACAGAGGGAGAAGGGAGCAAGAGGAGGAGGUGGACAGAAGGAGAAGGGAGCAAGAGGAGGAGGUGGACAGAGGGAGAAGGGAGCAAGAGGAGGAGGUGGACAGAGGGAGAAGGGAGCAAGAGGAGGAGGUGGACAGAGGGAGAAGGGAGCUAGAGGAGGAGGUGGACAGAGGGAGAAGGGAGCAAGAGGAGGUGGUGGACAGAGGGAGAAGGGAGCAAGAGGAGGAGGUGGACAGAGGGAGAAGGGAGCAAGAGGGAGAAGGGAGCCAGAGGAGGAGGUGGACAGAGGGAGAAGGGAGAAGGGAGCAAGAGGAGGAGGUGGACAGAGGGAGAAGGGAGAAAGAGAAGGAGGAGGUAGACAGAGCUUAAUAGGUCUUAAUUGUUCUUAG